AGUCUUUUUUUUUUCCUGGUGCAGGGUGGGGGAGGGAGUGUUUAGCUAAGUCACCAAAUUAAGGUGCCCUGGCUGGGUUGGGACUUGGAAUCCUCUGGCCUCACCCUUCCAGAGGGCUGGGAUGACGGGAGUGAGCCACUGUGCCUGACUCGAUUUCCUGUGAAUCAGAUCCUCCACCAUCCCCAGCUUCAGCCGGAGAGGAGCCAGACCCUCAUCCUUCAGUCCUGGCCUUCUAACCCAGUGGGCUGUCGGGGCAGGAAAGUACAGCUGCCUGCCCUGUGCCCACCCUGGACUGGCCAGAUGAUCCCCUGGUCUGAGCUCUGCCCUGACAGCUGAAAGGGAACCCAAGGUUGUCGUGGGAGGACAGCAGGGAACCCCAGAGGCCACACAGGUGUCACUGAAAUGUGGAUCCUGGACUGCCAGCCUGGACAGCCUGGGCCCUCGCUGUGACCCCACGGAGACCCCCCUCGAAUGGUCUGUCUCCCAAGUCCUGACCCCUCUUCCUCUGCCUGUCAGCGUGCCAUACACAAACACACACACAGGUACAUGCACUCUGGUACACAACACAGGACUGUUUUGAACUUUGCUUUUCUUUUUUCUUAAAGACAGGUCUUGUCUUGUAGUUCAGGCUGGCCCAGAACUCACUAUGUAGCCCAGGCUAGCCUGGAACUCGCAAUGACCCUCCUGCCUCAGCCUCCCGAGCGCUGUUGACUUGGGUAGGAAUAGAUGCAGCAGGCCAGCCUUCCCAGGUACCGUGGGACGGGCGAGGGCUCCCUGGUGGGCUACUACGGAGUGUGGGCAGGGCCCGACCGCAACCCAGGAGCCCCCAGAGGCCCUCGGUCCCCACAGUGAGUUCAGGGAGGGGGAGGGGAGUGACAGGCCAGGGGAGGGUCGGGGUUGCAGGGCCGGCCUCUCCCGGUGGACUCCAAGAGCAGGAGACGGCUGGACAGACACAGGAAGGCGCAGCCAGCCGCUGACUGCGACCCGAUUCCAGGGACAAAGAGACAGGCGGCCCCAGAUAGCCGCGGAGGGCGGGAAGCGAUGCGGAGGACAAAGAGACCGCAGGCAGGGGCGGGGCGACCACGGCCGCGCCCAUCCAAUUAGCGUCGUUGACCCGCCCCUGCCCGAAGCCACACCCCUGCCCCGCCUCCUGGCGUCCAGACUUUUAGUCCCCUGAUGUCCCGGGGUUGGGGCUACCUCGUGCUGGGCCUUCUCACCUCUUACAGGACCAGAGCAAAGCCCUGCGCGGAGAGCCAGCACCCUGACGGAGAAGGGCUGUCCCCAAGACACCCGUACCCCCCACCUCGUGUGACCUCGUGGUUUUUAGUGUCCCAAUUGAUUUGAGGCUUGAGUUUGGGGGCCAGCUCCAUGCAGGCCUGUGGGGGUGCCUUAGAAGGGUCGUCCUGGGGACCUUCAGGGCUGGGAUCUGGUGGAGAUGCUGGGGCCUUUGGGCCUCAGGCAUUGUGGGGUUCACCCAGAGACUGCGCUGGAUUGCUUUGGGGUCAUGCCAAAGGCUCUCUUGGGUUUGCUUUUUCCUGGGUGCCGUAGGGGACUAGGGUUUUUACUUCCUUUAUUUUAUUGCAUUUAUUGUUUUUGGUACCUGGAAUGGAACUCACGACCUUGCACUUGCCAGGCAAGCGCUAUGCCUCCUAGCUGUCCACCUGCAGUGCAACCACUCACCCACCCUCUGUGGCUGGCCCACCACCCACUCAUCCUCUGGGGCUGCCUGCCCUGGGGUAGGCCUGGCUGUUCACAGCAACCCACAGGCACAGGUGGAAAGCAGAGCACUGCAUUGUAUUGAAGCCUUGUUUAUCAGGGCUGCAGAGGCGCAGGAAAGCAUUACAUUGUAUUAAAAUGACUUGUUUAUCUCUUAGUGCAGCCCUGUCCUCCGGGCUGCCAGACAUCCUGGGGUCACUGGGAAACAACUCCUUCCUCUCCCCUUCCUAGACUCUGUGGGCUCAGACCCCCAAGCUGGGGGAGGAGGCAGUACCCCCCCACCCCACCCCCGUCAAGGAUGGGAUUUCUUCCAAUGCCUGAUUACUUCUUGUGACCGUCUCUGCUGGUCCCAAAUGUAAGGGCUGGCAGUUGGCAACUGCUGUAUCAGGACUCAACUCAGGACCUCGCACUUUCCAGGAGGCGCUGUGCCGCUGAGCUACAUCCCCAGUACUAAGGGUCCAUAGCCCUGGCCCCCUGCUGCACCCCUCUUCGGGUCCCUGAGAUGCUGCCCAAGGGUUUGGGGGAACAUUCAACCUGUCGGUGAGUUUGGACGACUCAGGCAAACCAUCGACCGUUGAGUGGACCCCGAGGCCUGGAUCUGCCAUCCUCCAUCUCGAACCCCACCUCCCUGGGCUGGGGCCAUCGUACCCCUAAGGUCACAACCAACAUUCAUUUCUGUCGUGGGUUGUGAGGACCGCGGCCAGACUCCCAGGGGGAUGAAUGUCACUGCAGGCGGGGGGGGGUGUGUGGCAUGGGACUGGUGGGGAGCCCCCCCCAGUCUGCCCCAGCAGUAUUGGGGAUUGAGUUCGCAGUGUCUGCGCUGAAGUGCAUCCCCAGCUUUGUUUUGUUUUGUACUUCUUGAGACAAGGUCUUGCUUGUCUCAUCAAUAAACUUAAGACAAGGUCUUAAAUCACCCAGGCUGGACUCCAACUUGUGACCCUCCUGUCUCAGCCUCCUAGAGUGUGGUUGCUGGGGGGAUCACAGGCUGGGGACCCCUCUCUGAAAGGACAUGGUGAGUUUUGCUCAAUAAAGUUUUCUUCGAUGGCUGGAGGGGCUGUGGAUCACAGGGUGGGCAGGGGACGGGUACAGGGUCGCAUGGAGGGGUGAUGGACGGUUGAGUGGAUGGACAGAGGUACAGACUGAUUGGAGUGUGCAGGCAGCAGGCCUCUCUGGGAGGGAGAAAGCUGUCAGACCUCAGCUUUGCUGACCUGGGUGCCUGGGUAUCUGUCCCAGCCGGGUCACUCCUGGACACAGCCCACCUCUGACCCCUCCUGCCCCAGGGGUUUCCAUCUCCCCUCUCUCCAGAUAACCAGAUAACUGCACUAUUCACCCCAAGAGCCCGGGGCAAGACAGAAAUUACUAAAUUGCUGGUCACCCCAGCUCUGUCUUUAGGGCAUGGCAGGGCCCAUCACCCUGGGGGAAGCUGGAGGGGAGGUCUCCCACCAGGAACAGCCCCCCAAUGACCGGGCCCUGGCCCUGUGUGGGGGCGGUGGGUGCACCCAGCAAGCAUCCUGGCCCCCAAGACUUGUGCCUCCAGCAGGUGGAGUGAUGGGUCAGCAAGGCCCCCUGGGACCUCAUUAGCCUGCGGCCCCUCCUCUCCUCCCAGCCCCUUACAGGUAAAAGGUGGGGAGCAGCCUGGACUCCAGGCUCAGCAUCAGAGCAGGGUGGGGGAGCAGGGCUGAGGUGCCUGCUGGGCCGGGAGCCCGGCUGGAGUUCUCCCCUCUGCCCUCUCCUGGAGUGUGGGCACCAGCCAUGGGGACCUUUGACUUAUGGACAGACUACCUGGGGCUGGCACGCCUGGUUGGGGCUCUGCGUGGGGAAGAGGAGCCUGAGGCCAGGGUGGACCCCCCGCCGGAGCUUCCGGGGAACGCAGCUCCAGAACCAGAAGGCCAGAAACUCAGCCCGGAGCCCGCGGCCGCCCCGGAGCGACUGUGCUCCUUCUGCAAGCAUAAUGGCGAGUCUCGGGCCAUCUACCAGUCUCAUGUGCUGAAGGAUGAGGCAGGCAGGGUGCUGUGCCCCAUUCUGCGCGACUACGUGUGUCCCCAGUGCGGGGCCACCCGCGAGCGCGCCCACACCCGCCGCUUCUGCCCGCUCACCGGCCAGGGCUACACCUCCGUCUACAGCUACACCACCCGCAACUCGGCCGGCAAGCGGGUGGCCCGGCCAGACAAGGCAAGGACACAGGACCCCGGCCACCGCCGAGGAGGAGCAGGAGCAGCAGGCUCCAAAGGCGCCGGGAAGGCGGCUGCACCUUCGCCCUCCGCCUGCUGCCCCACCACGUCUGCGUAGGGGCUGCACGCAGAUGCGACUACACCUGCCUGCGGACCCCAGCUCCGCGGAGGCCGGACUCCAGGGACACGCCCCCACGCCGAAAGCCCAGCCCUUGGACACGCCCCUAGUCUAAGCCCCUACCCUGCAUCAAUAAACACCACUUUCACGUA